AUGUCUCAUGUAACAUUCGGACAAUUUAACGCAAAUUGUACGAAAUCAUCGGAUUGUGAGUCCAUUCUCGGACUCAAAUGCUUUACUCGUAAAACAAAGAAUGAGGAAAAGGGAUGUAUUUGUCCAGAAGGCAAAUGGUUUGACUUCGACUCCACUAAACUCAUGUGUGUGGACGACAGCAAUGACCCGAACACAGCGAUGCAAAUCUAUAAGAUUACAAUGAUCUUCGCCUCCUGUUGUUUGGCACUUAUACUCAUCAUAUUCCUCGUCUGCAUAUUGAGA